CCAGUUUCAACAUACAUCUUCUGAUAAUUCUUAUUGAAUCUUAUCAUUAAUAAGUUUGAUAAACAAAUGGAUUCAAGAUUCAACGAAACCGUUCCUUCCCUGAGGUAUAUUGAUGAAAAUAGUGAUGAUGAAUUUGCAUUUGUGAAAGCUUUACGUAUGAUUGGGGGAGAUGGAGCCAACAGUUACUCCGCCAAUUCUCGUGUUCAGAGAAGAGGUAUAAUAAUGGCAAAACCAGUCUUGGUAAAAAACACAGAAGAAAUGAUGAUGAGUUUAAACUUUCCUAACUAUAUCAAAGUUGCUGAACUGGGUUGUUCUUCGGGGCAAAACACGUUUUUGGCUAUCUCUGAGAUAAUCAACACCAUCAAUGUGCUGUGCCAACAAUCGAACCAAAACCUUCCAGAAAUCGAUUGUUGUCUGAAUGAUCUUCCAGAAAACGAUUUCAACACAACGUUCAAAUACGUACCCUUCUUCAACAAGGAGCUCAUGAUCACAAACCAAGCAUCGUAUUUCGUCUAUGGAGCACCAGGUUCCUUCUACUCUAGGCUCUUCUCUCGCAACAGCCUCCACCUUAUACACUCCGCAUACGCUCUCCAUUGGCUCUCUAAGGUUCCAGAAAAACUCGAGAAUGAAGAUGUGUUCAUAACAAAUACAAGUCCUCAAAGUGCAUACAAAGCUUACUUGAACCAAUUCCAACGAGAUUUCACAAUGUUUCUAAGGUUACGUUCUGAAGAAAUUGUCUCUAAUGGACGAAUGGUUCUUACCUUCAUCGGUAGAAACACUCUUAACAAUGAUCCAUUGUAUAGAGAUUGUUAUCACCUUUGGUCACUGCUAUCAAACUCUCUCCAUGAGCUAGUCUUCGAGGGCCUAGUGAGUAAAUCAAAACUGGAUGCAUUCAACAUGCCAUUUUAUGAUCCGAACGAGCAAGAACUCAGAGAAGUGAUACGGAACGAAGGCUCUUUUGAAAUCACUGACUUAGAGACACAUGGAUUCGAUCUAGGUUACUGUAACGAAGAAGGAGAUCACAACUAUGAAGUCGCAGGAUACAAUGUAGCCAAAUCUGUAAGAGCCGUUACUGAAUCAAUGCUCGUUGCUCAUUUUGGAGAAGAUAUCAAUAUCGACAUCUUGUUUGAUAAGUAUGCUCGCCAUGCGACACAACACUCGAGCUGCAGUAACAAAACGAGUGUCACUCUUGUCCUCGCGUUGACUAAAAAAUAA